UAUCAGCGGCCAAACAAAAGUCAAAUCCGACACUGCGUGACAUUUCCGCCCCCUUUGACAUUCUACACCUCCGCCACCCCUUCAAUUUAAUUUCAACCCGGAUUUUUUUCACUAAAGGUCAGGCUGAUCGCUUUUAAAAGGAGAAUUAAAUCGUUUAAAACAUUUACUCAAAGGUGCUUUUUUCUAAAGAAUGGCGGCUAUUCGUCAUUCUCUUCAGCAUGAGGUGUUCCAACCGUGUGAUGAGAGACUCCUCGCCUUCGUACACGUGAGCAAGGCUCUGAAGAAGAAAAAGUCCAGUUUUCUUUGCAUAGCUGUCACAAAGGAGACGCCAUUUGCCGUCAACAUCUACCAGGUGAAAAAGACUGAGAAAAACAUCUUCAAAAAAAAGCGUAGUUGGUCGAUCAAUUCUCUGAAAUUUGUAGAUGGGAAAUGUUCACUACCGGAUACAAGUGACUUUGAUCUUUACUUUGACAAAGUUUACAAAUGGUCGGCCACAAAUCCUCAAGAACGGCAAAACUUCAUCAUAGUCCUUUGGAAGCAAUGCUACCAAUCACAGAUGAAACCAGAAUUCAAGAACGUCCCUUCAGAUUGGAUAGCAGGAGAUAAAAUUAUUCCAUUCGAAAACCAAGUGACUCCAGUCGAGCCUGUUGAAGCCGGUGAUUUUGAGGAAUUUCAGGCGUUGACCGAAAAGGAAGAGAACGACCUCGUACAGCUUAUGCACGAAUGCGGCUUUACGGUCAGCAACGCCGAAGCAUUCAUGGAAACACUCGCCAAAGAUUUGUCCAUCCUCGACGGUGAGAACGUACAAAGCGUCCUGGCCUCGGAGGAGAGGGUCUCACUCCUCAUGGCACAUCUCGAUGAGGCGAUCGAAGAAGUCGAGAGGGUCGAGAAACAGCUGGAUCACUACGAUGAUAUUUUAUGCCAUGUGAGGAACACAAUGGAGAAAAUGGAAGAGAAGAACAUGCUCAUCGAAAUAUCAAACAGGAACAAUCAAAAACUGCUGAAUGAACUGGGCAAAGUGAUUCUUGAAUUGGAAUUGGACAGUAAGCAUCAGGCUGCACUCGUGGACGCAGAUUUAACGUCGCCACAGGGCUUGAGAGCUGCGAUCGAAGCAGGUAAAGCGCUACAGGCCGUCAUGAAUGCCGAAAUCCAUCCAGCACUUGUCCAGCUUUCAGCAGUGCAAGAACAGAAAAAGCGAUUUGACAAAUGGAAGAGCAAAUUUUCUCAAAUAAUCACUCGCCAUUUGAACAACUUGUUCAUUCACCUCGGUAAUGAUGCUGGAGACCAAUCGAGCAUGCACGGAGGAGAAUUAGUUCUUCCAAAACAUGCUUCAUUACAUAGAGAACUCCGUCCUUACACUGAACUUAUGCACUGGGCUAAGGCAAUGGAUAGAAGAGCUUAUAAUGCACUUGCUGAUUUAUACACGUCAAAUCUUAGAAAGGUCUAUGAAAGGGACAUCCAUCACUUCCUUGAAGAUGCCAAGAAUCACAUUUCAGGACCUAGCAGUAGUUUUACUGGUUCUAAAGAGGACAUGAGUAAAAGCAAGAAGGAAGGGACAGGACAGGCAUUACUCGGAAUUGAAAGGGACCAAUGGCCUGAAUCAGAUGAAGCAGAAAGGACACGUUUUCACCAGGUCUUUGAAAAAGUCCUGUCACAGCUGGAGCCUGUCUGUCUUUCUGAACAGCAGUUCUGCGUAUAUUUCUUCCAGCUCGACAUACUCAGUCCAACUUCAAAAAAUACGCAGACGACGCUCGAUGGGCUGAGCAGCGAUUCAAAAUCGGAAGAGACUGUACAGAUCCCCAUGCGCAAAGUGGAGAGACAGAUGAACGAAGAAGUCAGAAAAAUGAUGGGGGAGAUUUUUCGCUGCAUUGAACCAGGACUUAUUAGUUUUAUUUCCCACUAUGAACAAAUCGAUAGCAUGUUCUGUUUGUAUACACUUGUACGACUGAGUGAACAUGUCAUGACUGCCCAGGAUGCUGGGUCCUUCCUUAGCAAAAGCUUCGGUCCAGUCCUCAUCCAGGUGAAGCGUACCUACGACAGGUACAUGCAAAGCCAAUUGCAAUCCAUUCUCGACUGCAGGGGAAACAGAAAGUCAAAAUGUGGAAUCUUACCUUUUGUCAGCAAUUUUGAGGUGUUUGCCAAGACAGCUGAGAAAAUAUUUAGAAACACAAGCCGCAGGGGAGAUCUUGAUAAAUGGUAUGUUAAGCUUGUUGGGGUGAUGUUUGAAGCGAUACCCUCAAUCGCCAACGACCAUCCAAAAACUCCUCCUGAAGUUAUUAAAAUGGAAAAUUUCCACCAUCUAUUUGACUUGCUUUCUCAACUCAAGAUUCCGGUUCUCGACACACAGAGAAAAGACGCCAAAGUUAGAUAUAACGAAUCUUUGAAAGCUUAUGUCACCCGGUAUUUCGGCAGACCUUUAGAAAAGUUAAACCAAUUUUUCGAAGGUGUUCAAGCCAAGGUUGGUCAAGGUGUUAAAGAGUCAGAGAUAAGCUACCAGAUGGCGUACAGCAAACAAGAGCUGAGGAAACUGAUCAAGGAAUACCCAGCCAAAGAGGUCAAAAGGGGUCUCGACCACCUGUACAAAAAAGUCGAAAAGCACCUUUGCGAAGAAGAAAACCUUCUUCAAGUCGUAUGGAGAGCGAUGCAGGAAGAGUUUAUCCAGCAGUAUAAGUACAUAGAAGACCUCAUACAGCGAUGUUAUCCCGGUGCUAUGAUCACCCUCGAAUUCUCUAUCGAUGAUAUAUUAAACUUUUUUUCUGAAAUUGCAAGAUCUCAUUGAUUUAUUUAUAAUAGAACUUGUAACAUAAUUACAAUCACAUUAUUUUUUAUGUACUAAUUGCCUAAUUGUUACAAUUUUUAU